CAAAAAAUAAAUUUAAAGCCCAUAUACAUCAAAGAAGCCCAUGAUUUGUCAUUUGAGAAGAAAGUUAAGAGGAAUAGUACGGUCGCAGGAGAUUAAUCGAAUACCUGAGAAAAUGGCGAAGCCUUUGGGAACAACCGGCGAAUUUUUCCGGCGAAGAGAUGAAUGGAGGAAGCAUCCGAUGCUUUCGAAUCAAAUGAGACACGCUCUUCCCGGACUUGGAAUCGGCGUCGCCGCCUUCUGCGUUUAUCUCGUCGGUGAGCAGAUCUACAACAAAGCUUUGGCUCCUUCCAAAUCAUCUCACCACCACCAGGAACAGACUGCUCCGUCUCACUGAAGAGCAUCUUUCUUCUUCGAUGAGAUGCUUGAAACAGUGGCACAAGGCUGAACUCAGGGUCUCUUCUUGGUUACUAGUUUUCGUUGGAUUGUCUUAAUAAUCAUGUUUAAAUCGAAUACAAAGAAUUUGAUAUCUAUAUUUGAACUGUAAAGCUUGUUGGCUCAAAGGUUCUCUUUGUAUCGCACAAGUUAAGAUUCUGCAUAUUCUUAUCUUAUUUGAUACUUGCUACUUAGCUAAACUGCGUCGUUUAAGAGAUCGUUGCUUUCAGGUUUAUUAUAUAACUUUUUCUUUUUUU